CUAUUUAUACUGAGAGCUCUUCCUCCUACUAAUCCAAGUGAUACCCUUUUGCUUAAGACAGUUUCCAUAAUUGAAAGGAACAUUCAUGCAUCACCCUCUCAUUAGAACAAUAAGAAAGAAAUGAAUUCUGUGAACAAAGGAGCUGGGGAAAAUAGCUAUGCCACGAACUCUCUUGUUCAGAGAAAGAUAAUAUCAUUGACAAAUCCAGCAAUAGAGAAAGCUAUAAUGCAAAUUUUAAACUCAACAAGUGGGCCAAUAAAGAAGAUCGAAAUUGUGGAUUUAGGUUGCUCAUCAGGGCCCAAUGCCUUAGAAGUAAUUUGGGAGAUAGUUAAUGCUAUACACACCUCCUCAUGCAUUAUAAAUCGUCCAUCACCAACAGAGCUAAUGUUGUAUAUUAACGACCUUUUCACCAACGACUUCAACAACAUUUUUGCAUCUUUGCCAUCUUUCCACCAAAAGCUAAGACAACAAAAGGAAAAUAAUGAGUUUGGUUCUAAUUAUUUUGUUUCCGCUGUACCGGGCACUUUUUACGGUAGACUUUUUCCAAUUAAGACGCUCCACUUUGUGUACUCUUCUUCUAGCCUCCAUUGGUUAUCGCAGGUUCCUAGAGAUCUAAAAGAUGAAAGAGGGAGAUGGUUGAACAAAGGAAAACUCUACAUAUCAAAGAGCAGUCCUAAAUGUGUGCUAAAAGCUUAUUCACAGCAAUUUCAAAAUGACUUUUCACAAUUCAUUGAAGCACGUUCUGAAGAGAUGGUAGAUGGUGGACGCAUGGUCCUUUCUUUAAUGGGUAGGGAUUCCAUGGACCCAACAUCAGCCUAUUGUUGCUAUCAGUGGGAACUUUUAGCACAGGCCCUUAUGACAAUGGUUUCAGAGGGUCUUGUUGAAGAAGAAAAGGUGGAUUCUUUUAAUGCUCCUUAUUAUGCACCUUGUGUGGAGGAAUUGAAAAUUGUGAUUGAAAAGGAAGGAUCAUUCAUGGUGGAUUCCCAUGAAGCUUAUGAAAUUGAUUGGGAUGAUGGGACAGAAUUGCUAAGUGAAAAUGUAUUAGAAACUGUGUCAAGUGGAGAGCGUGUUGCAAAGACCGUAAGGGCAGUGGUUGAGUCCAUGUUGAAAUAUCAUUUUGGGAGUCAUAUAAUUGAUGAAUUGUUUCAAAGGUAUGCUAAACUUGUGGAGGAUUAUUUGUCCAAAACUAGGACCAAAUACAUCAAUUUGGUCAUUUCUCUUGUCAAACAACAAUGAAAAACAGUAAAGCACCCAUAGAAGCAAAAUAUAUGAUUUUGUUUUUAUAAAUUUGCAAUCAAAUACUAAAUUCAACUUCAAUUAUGUAUUUAUAUGUUUAAAUAAAAGAAGUUAUUGUAGCCAAUUUUAA